UGCUCUGGAAAGCGUGAGUGCCCCAGCCCUGCUCGGGUGGGCAACAAUUCUGGGAAAAACAAUCCUGGGCUUCUUUCCAGGAAAGCCACCGUGCUCUUUCCUGCCACAGCCAUGGCAGUCUGAUGUGGUGGAGAGGAGCAGCAGCAGCAGGAACACGAGGAUGAGGUUGGAGCAGUGCCUGCCCCUCCUGGGGCUCCUGCUGUGUGCAGUUGGCACCACAGCUCAGCUGGAUGAAGAACUGGAGGAGGAAUUCCUGGUGGAGAUUUCUGGCACCACGGUGACCGUCACAUGUCCCGUGGAUGAAGACGAGGACAUCCAGUGGGAGCUGUCUGGGAAAACCCAGGACACCAAGAGCAGGAAGUUCACUAUAAAGGACCACGACAGCUCCCCUGCCAACCUCAGCUGCUCCUUUGGUAACACAAAGCAUCAGCUGUACCUGAAUGCCAAAGUUUGUGCCACCUGCGAGGAGCUGGACGCCCUGAUCGUGGCAGGGAUCAUCACUGCAGACCUCCUCAUCACCCUGGGCGUGCUCAUCCUGGUCUAUUACUUCAGCAAAGGCAGGAAGGGACGAGCCAGCUCUGCUGGGGACAGCCGGCCACGAGGUCCGAAGAUGCAGCGGCCUCCCCCUGUCCCCAACCCGGACUAUGAGCCCAUCCGGAAGGGGCAGCGGGAGGUGUACGCAGGCCUGGCCCCCAGGGCCAUCUGAAACUCCUCUGAUGGCAGCCUGGACCAGCAGCUCGGGAUGAAACGCUUCUGCCCACCUUGUCCCAGCUCUCUGCAGCUCUGCUGAGCCUCUGGCGUUCUGGCCACAGGACAGGGAUGGGCUGUCCCACCCUGGGGUGUGCUUGGGUUUGCCAGCCCGGAGCAGAAAUGAGCACAUUGGCAUGAGAUUUCCUUCUCAUUAAA